GAAGGCGCGCAGGGGAAAGCCAUGCAGCAGGGGAAGUGAGAGCGGGAGAGACUGAGACUCUCUCUGACUGGCAGGCAGGCAGGCAGGCAGGCAGGCAGCGAGGGACAAGUGCCCCGGCAGCCGCUCUCCAGCCCAGGAAGGGGAGGCGGACUAGACCAGAGCUCGAGCAUGCCUUCCAGGAAGAGCGCCGUUGCGUUCUGACUGCGCCCUCUUCUGCAGCCACAUCCGCCCCGAACAACGCCCCGAAGCUGCGGGGGGCGCCCCCAUCUCCAGCGCGUCCAUUCAAGGUUGAUGAUGACAAUGAUCUGUCAAACUCUCUGAAGCAACAGCAUGGAGAUUGGCACUCUGAACUGUUAAUGGGGUCAUGGGACUCACGUCGUCAUUGAUCACUUGUGUGGAUUUAACCAGUGAGGAGCAACAGAAAUUGAUAGAAAGGCUUCCAGAAUUAACGCAGCACUGAAGGUCAUCAAAUCGUGUUUCUUUUAAUUUCUGUCUGGGAGAAUGUCUGAGCAAGGAAAAGCAGAGGACGCUGGAAAUGAGCAAGACUCAGCCCUCUCUCAACAGGAGAACUGCAUCCAUAAUAAAACCGAAGGCUCGGAGCGGGAUGAAAAAGAUGAAAAUGGUAAAUCAGACCAGAAACGAGGUGCUAACCAGAACCAGCAGAAAAAGAGAUCCAAGUCAGGAGGAAAGGGGAAACUGGUGCGGAGUCUUGCUGUAUGUGAAGAAUCAUGCCCUCGUCUGGACACAGAGAUUGACAAUCAGGAAUCAAUACAACUACAGCUUUCAAGUUUCCCCAGCCUACAAGAAGAGGAUAAAUCUAGUAAAGAUGAAUCUGAGAAAGAAAAAGAGAAGGAUAAAAACAAAGAAAAAGAUAGAAACAGUGAAAAACCCAAGAUAAGAAUGUUAUCAAAAGACUACAGCCAAGAAUAUACAGACUCAACAGGCAUAGAUUUGCACGAAUUUCUGGUUAACACAUUAAAGAAUAAUCCCAGGGAUAGAAUGAUCCUGUUGAAAAUGGAGCAGGAAAUUAUUGAUUUUAUUAGUGAUAACAGUAAUCAUUAUAAAAAGUUCCCCCAGAUGUCGUCAUAUCAGCGAAUGCUGGUGCACAGAGUGGCAGCUUAUUUCGGCAUGGAUCACAAUGUGGAUCAGACUGGGAAAUCUGUAAUCAUCAACAAGACCAGCAAUAUGAGAAUACCAGAGCAAAGGUUUUCUGAACAUUUAAAAGAUGAAAAAGGUGAAGAAUCCCAGAAGCGAUUUAUCUUGAAGCGAGAUAACUCUAGUAUUGAUAAAGAAGACAAUCAGCAAAACAGAAUUCAUCCAUUUAGAGAUGACAGACGAAGUAAAUCAAUUGAAGAGAGAGAAGAGGAGUAUCAGAGGGUGAGGGAGAGAAUAUUUACACAAGAUUCAGUUUGCUCACAAGAAAAUCUUUUUGUGGAUAACAGGCUCUUGGAGGACAGCAUAUGCAAUGAAACUCUUAAGAAGAGACAACUCUUCAGGGGUAACAGAGACAGCACAGGGAAGGCAUCUGGCAGUCGGCAAAGCAGUACAGAUAAUGAAUUGAAAUGGACAGACCACCAGAGACCAUGGAGCAGUACAGACUCGGACAGCUCCAAUCGCAAUCUGAAGCCAGCCAUAACUAAGACUGCAAGUUUUGGUGGAAUAACUGUUCUUACAAGAGGAGAUAGCUCAUCAAGUAACAGGAGUACCGGAAAACUGUCUAAAACAGGUUCAGAGUCUUCCAGCAGUGCUGGCUCCUCAGGAUCUCUGUCACGAACGCAUCAACCUCUCCAAAGUGCACCCCUUGUCCCUGGAGUGACAGCCACCUCUUCAAGCAGCAUUACCUAUACAGAGAAUGGGAUGAAUGGCCAGGUCGUACCAAGCAACACCAGCUAUAUCAUACUUCCACUUGAAGCUGCAGGGAUACCUCCAGGAAGUAUCCUGCUCAAUCCACACACUGUCCAAGGGCUGACAACCCUCAGCAUGCGUGUGGACAGAGGCACACCAGACCAUUUUGCUCGGCACUUCAUCCAGGAAACUGAUGCCCUGGCAGCACUUCUGGGGCCAGUGGUACAGGAGAAGGCAACAGGUCAACCAUUCGUAAAUCCUGAUGGUACACCUGCAAUAUACAACCCACCCAGCAGUCAGCAGCCUCUUAGAAGCCAAAUAGUUGGACAGUCUCAACAACCACCUUCGUCACAGCAGCCUGUGCAGCAACCACAGCAACAGAUUGCAAGUCACCUUGUCACACAGCCUGUACAGCCUCUGCAGCCUUCUUCCCAAUCAGUCCCGUACUCUACAGUUUCCUACCCACCUCAGCAUCUCCUGGCAAUGUCUCCAACGCAGCAGUUUCCUGUGCGAGAUGACAUGACAACACAGUUUAGCCAGAUGAGCUUAAGUCGCCAGUCAUCAGGAGACAACCCUGAUUCGCCUUCUGGUCCUGUCUACCCAUCUCCUAUUAUACAGCAGUCUGCCCCACAGACUGGUUACGUCAUGGCGCCCCCAAGCCAGCAGCUCCACCCUGGAGGCUUUACAGGUUCAGGUCCAUCAGUUUCCCAACAAGUCCUGCAACCCCCACCUCCACCACAGAGUUAUGUACAACAGCCACCGCCUGCUCAGAUGCCUGUAUAUUAUUACCCAACUGGUCAAUACCCUACCUCAGCAACUCAGCAGUAUAGGCCCAUGGCCUCUGUCCAGUACAAUGCACAGCGGAGUUCCCAAAUACCACAGACUGCUCAGCAAGCAGGUUACCAGUCUGUUUUGUCCAAUCAACAGCAAGGGUUCCAAGGACUCCUCGGAAUGCAACAGCCUCCCCAAAGUCAGAACCUGAUGAAUAAUCAACAGGGAAAUCAGGUGCAAGGCAUGCUGGUCCAGUAUCCAGCCAUGUCAUCUUAUCAGGUGCCAAUGACCCAGGGUUCUCAAGGACUGCCUCAACAGUCAUAUCAACAGCCAAUCAUGCUACCUAAUCAAUCAGGUCAAGGAACACUUACAGCCACUGGAAUGCCCGUUUACUGUAAUGUCAUACCUCCUUCCCCACAGAACAAUCUUCGAUUGAUUGCGCCCCAAUGUCCCUCUAAUAAUGUUCCAGUUAUCUCUGCCAACUGCAGGACAAACUGUGCGAAUAUGAACAAUAGCGGAUGGCAGGUCAAGUACUGAAACUGUGAAAUUUAUAGUACAGAUACUUAAAGAUAGUUGUGCAUUUUUUUUAAUGACCACUAUCUCAUGGCCUUCAACUGAAAAGAGGAAUACAAAGUAAGUAAUUGGUUAAGGAGCAUAGAGAGACCUCACUGCUGGAAAUAUGUAAAAAACAACAACAACAAAACGUAAUAAGUUGUUUGCUGGUUAAUGGUGCAUAUUUUGUCAUGUCCGCUAGGUAUGCCUUUAUAGCUAAGCUAGUGACAUGAAAUCAUUGAGGUAAGAUUUUUUCCUACCACUAAACACCACUGUGUAGAUUAUAAUAUCCCUGAUUCAGAUUAGUUUUGUACUUUGUGUUGAGUUUGUGAAGCUAAAAGUAUUUAAAAAUAUAAUAAAACCACAUUGUACCAAAGUUGUAAUGGACAUUUUAAAAAUUAAUGAAUGGAACGAAUAAUUUAUAUACACUAUAGA